GACUAACGUAAUAUCACGUUUGAUAGUUUUGUUUACUUUAAUCAUAAAUACAGGAAAAGUUACGAAUGAAAAGACAAAUGAAACAAAAUGCAGACCCAACUUCCCCUCCUCGUCACUGGCUGUGGUAAACCUCACGGGUAAUUCCCGGUAAUUACGCUCGUUGUGUCUCUCUCCUCGUGUGUACGUGAUGUACGAGUAUUCUUGUUAUGAUAUUCGAAGCGUUAAGAUGUAAUAAUUAUAUUCCUUGUUAUUUUUUUUAUAAUAAACGUUAUUAAUUGUUCGUUAAUUGUUAAUAUGUUUCCUACAUAUUUCAGAAGUGGUCGAAUGUGCGUCAACGAAGUGUUUUGAAUAAUUGAAAGUGUGUUUUUGUGUGUUGUUCGCGAUUUCUGCCGAAAGCAUGGUCAAAACGAAACGAAAUCAAUCGCCACCUUUUUCUCCAUCGAAAGUGGACCUCUCAAUGAAUACCGUUAGCGAAAUCGUCCAAGCAGCUAGCAGCGCAGUGCUACUGCCGGAAAUAUCGAAGUUUACGGGUGAGGUGUCUGCUACUGAAGCAAAAGAAUGGUUGAAAAGCGUCGAAAAUCAAGGCCUGAUCGGUGGUUGGAAUAAACUACAAAAGCUGGAAACUGCGAAGCGAUUACUUACGAAAGCAGCCAAAAGUUGGUAUCUACUCAAUGCGGACGAUAUCAAAUCGUGGUCCGAUUUUCGAAGUUGUUUUUGGGAAACGUUUAUUGGCGAAGAUGAUGGAAACGUGGUUGACAAGUGGGAACGUUUCUCCGCGCGAUGUCAACAAGAUAACGAAUCAUCAAUCGAAUACAUCUUCGAUAAGCUGCGUUUAGCUAAAGAUGUUGGUGCAUCCGUUGCAGAAUCGAAAAAUGCUGUUUGUGCUGGGUUUAAGUCCGAAGAUAUGGCGAAUUAUCUACGUAUUUACGAUUAUUCGAAAGCUGCCGAUUGGAGCAAACGACUUCGUGAAUUUGAAUCUAGUAAAUCGAAACCUGACGUUGCUGAAAGUGAAAACGAAAAACCGGUUGUUCCUGAUCCUGAAACGAAAAAGUCCGAAUCCGUCCUUCUGGUCAAUACAGCGUUAGGUGUUGAUCGUGAAAAAUAUGUGAAAACGGCUGUUAUCAACGGAAAAACGAUUUCGGGAGCGUUGAUCGAUAAUGGUAGUAGCGUAUGUGUGAUGCGAGCGUCAACUGCAGUCACCCUGUGCGAAACUAUUCAACCCCCUUCGAAUACGAGAAUUUUCGGCGUUGGUAAUUUGGAAAACGGAUCGGAAGUACUUGGUAAAAUCGUAGGUACGGUCUCAGUCGAUGGUGUGGCAGUACCCGAAACGGAAAUUCUAAUCCUCCGUGAUAAUGCGUUACCUGUUCCUCUCGUCAUUGGCUGUUCUUGGAUCGAAAACCCGAAUGUUGCGAUGAUCAAGUGGAAAGAUCAAUUUAUCAUCACACAGGCGAAUCGUGUGUCGUUAAACGAAAAUAGUGUCGUGUUUAGUGCCAAAAAAUCGCCGUGUAACAUCGUUGAAACGUCUGUCAACUUCGUUCGAGUCGAAAACGCCGGCAAAAUUGCUGAAAAGAGUGAAAUUCGUGUUCGUAAUCGGAAAAGGAAGCGAAAACCAGUUCGUGAAAAAUCGUUUAUUGUUAGUGAUAAGCGCGAUAAUUGUCGUUUUUGUUUUUCGGAGGAAAAUUGUACCAUUUCCCCGGAGUUGCGUUCGCCGAAAUUUCGUAAAAAGUGCGUGAAUCGGUGUGUUGAGGACAACACACACUGCAGAAUGGCCGAGUGUGGUAAACCUCACGGGUAAUUCCCGGUAAUUACGCUCGUUGUGUCUCUCUCCUCGUGUGUACGUGAUGUACGAGUAUUCUUGUUAUGAUAUUCGAAGCGUUAAGAUGUAAUAAUUAUAUUCCUUGUUAUUUUUUUUAUAAUAAACGUUAUUAAUUGUUCGUUAAUUGUUAAUAUGUUUCCUACACUGGCCUCCCACCAUUUUCGUUCAGCACCACGUGGAGCGUCUGAUGACACUGAUAACAGAACAAAUUUUGCUUUGCUUUCUUCAUUCUUCGAGUAUGAAUUUUAUUAUUCUCGUUUAAACAAAUUUUCGCAAUAGUAAUCUUGUAUAACGUAAAAUUAUGCAAAUAUAAUUCUCAUCCAGCUACAAUACGUCAAAAAAAUGGAGAAAAUAACAUCACCUCCAGCAUGUAUUCGGGGCAUGAAAGAACUCGAUAAAGACAAAUUUUUGAAAAAAAUCCAAGUACCACUUCUCAGCAUAGAUGUUAAUUUGGUUCAUUCAGUUAUCAACACCGUAAAGCGUUAUCUUCUAAAAAUGGACAAAAUCAAGCAAGUUUACGACGAUCCAGAUUCGGGAAGGAAGUUGAUUUACUUGGAUCCUAAUCUCGUAAAGGAUUUCGAGUCCUUCGAUGACAAGCAUCGGGAAUUACUACGUAAUUAUGGUCUAACACCCGAUAAUCUUGUUUAUCGAGAGAUCACCAUAGGUUACGAUAACUGGAGCACGCACGAAGUCAUAAAUUGCAUCAUUCCUGAGAAUACGGCGUUUUCCGGAUUCACUCAAACUGGUAAAAUCAUUCACGUGAAUUUGAAACCCGAGCUUCUACCGUAUAAACACGUCAUAGGCAAAGUGUUACUAGAAAAGGUGAAGAAUUGCGAAAGCGUUGUGAAUAAAAUCCAAAGCAUCGAUAACGUUUACCGAACGUUCAACUUGGAAGUUUUAGCUGGUAGCGACGAUUUGUGUACAGUUGUUAAUGAAAACGGAUGUAAAUUCGAAUUGGAUUUCAAAACCGUGUAUUGGAAUUCUCGAUUACACGAAGAACAUCAUGAAAUUGUUAGUAAACUAAACAAAGGAGAUGUACUUUACGAUGUAUUCUGUGGAAUUGGACCUUUCGCGAUUCCUGCUGCAAAAAAAGGCUGCAUCGUAUUAGCCAACGAUGCGAAUCCCGAAUCGUGUAAAUAUUUACAACGUAACAAAUAUAUCAAUAAAGUGAAACUAGGAUUGGAAAUUUUCAAUAAAGACGGAGCGGAUUUUAUCAAACAACAUGUGAAACAAGAUAUGCUGCGACGUUCUCAGAAUUUCAAUCCUGCCAAACCGUAUUCCAUUCACAUCACUAUGAAUCUUCCUGCUAUCGCGUAUACGUUUUUGACUAAUUUUAUCGGAUUAUUUACUAGAAAUGAACUGUCUUCCUAUCCCGAUCAAUUAUUACCCGUUGUACAUUUAUAUUGCUUCGUACCGAAAAACGCGGAUGCCAAAGAUGCUGCUAAAUCGUUGGUCGAAGCAACGCUGAAAUAUCGUAUUGAAAAUGAAAAUGUGUUUCCGGUGAGAAAUGUUUCUCCUAAAAAAGAAAUGAUGCGGAUUUCAUUUGUCUUGACUAAAGAAAUAUUAUCCAGUGAUAAACGUGCAAGCAUCGGCUCAGAUGAUCAAAUCUCUGAGAAAAAAUUACGUCUAGAUAACGAAUUGUCUUCUGAAAUGGACGUUCAUUAUUAACGUGUUACUUUGUGUUAGCGAUAUCAUUAGAUUACAUUUAGUAAUAAAUUAUUAAUACGUACUACAAUGUCUUGUUCGACUACCUAUUUGGAUAACCUAAUGUACAUAUUUUAGCAGCUGACAAAUGGGUAAAUCAAAGAAUCAGAAAUCUAAAAACGUAUUCAAAGUUUCCGAUAGUCGUAGCGCCAAAGCGAAACAUAAAUUCAAAUCCUUGGACGCGGCACGUUUGAAAAAUAUAUCGGUACAAAAUAAACAAAAAAUCGAAUCCAUUGAUCAACAAUUAUUCGCUUUGAGUAACGAAAUCCGACGAACACCUCAACCAAAAACUGAAACCGUGAAAAUAGCUCAAGUUACCGCUCCUUCAAAAGCUGAGCAAAUAGAAAAGUUCAAAGAAAUGGAAAAAAAUUGCGAGCAAGCGUUAGAAGUACUAAAUUCUUUCAAAAUGUGAUUUCCCAUUAUCAUGUAAUUAUUAUAAGGUUUUUUAAAUAAAAGUUAAUGCACUUUGUUA